AUGGAAGCCUGCAACUCCUGUCAAGAAGAUCAUUAUCCUAACAAGGAACAAAAUCAAUGCAUCCCUAAAAUGUUUUCCUUCUUGUCUUAUGAGGAACCCUUGGGAAUGGCGUUAGCUAUUUCUUCAUAUUUCUUUUUUUUCAUCACAGUUUGGAUAUUAUGGGUUUUUAUAAAGUAUCGCAACACUCCUAUUAUCAAAGCCAACAACAGGAGCCUCACUUACACCCUCCUUGUUUUCCUUCUCCUCUGCUUCCUGUCUUCAUCACUCUUCAUUGGCCAACCCCAGAAGUUGACUUGUCUCUUCCGCCAAAUGGCUUUUGGAAUCAUCUUUUCAGUGGCUGUUUCAUGCGUGCUAGCAAAAAAUGUUACUGUGAUUGUGGCCUUCCUUGCCACCCAACCAGGAUCUGGAAUGAGAAAGUGGAUGGGAAAAAAACUAGCCAAUGCUAUAAUUCUAUUCUGUUUUUCUAUUCAAGCAGCUAUAUGCUUUAUCUGGUUGGCUACUACUCCCCCUUUUCCUGAUUUUGAUAUGCACUCAAUGGCUGAAGAAAUUGUGUUAGAGUGUAAUGACGGGUCAACUGCCAUUUACUAUUGUGUCCUAGGUUACAUGGGCUUCCUGGCUUUUGUGAGCUUCCUUGUGGCUUUCUUAGCAAGGAAGUUACCUGACAGUUUCAAUGAAGCCAAGUUCAUCACCUUCAGCAUGUUGGUCUUUUGCAGUGUUUGGAUAUCCUUUAUUCCUACAUACUUGAGCACUAAGGGAAAAUACAUGGUGGUAGUAAAAAUCUUCUCUAUGUUGGCUUCUACCGCUGGACUGCUGGCUUGCAUCUUUUUCCCCAAAUGCUACAUUAUUUUGCUGAGGCCAGAACUAAACAAAAGAGAUGAAAUAAUAAAGCGAAAAAGAUGA